AUGCACAUUCUCGACAUCUUGGCCCUGUGUAGCACGGCCGACCCGAACAUGUCGGAGGACGAUAAGGUUAAUCACGUCCUCAAAGGCAUUGCUGACGACACCUUCAAGUUGCUGGGGUUUACCAACGUCACCAGCAUCGAUACGAUCCUCACGGAGUGUCGCCGUCUCGAGCAUGUUAAAAGCCCGCCGGGAUCGACCGUGCAGGUUAUCGUGCAACUUGAUGCGGGCAUGGCCAUCAUCAUUUCCGCGGCCGUUACUUUCUUCUAUACAGCUCUUGGCGGCCUCUACUCGGUUACGCACACGGACUCUUUUCAGGCUGGCUGCAUCUGUCUUGGCUUGUGGGCCUGCGUGCCAUUUUGUCUGCGGAGCAGAGCAGUGGGACAGGUUCCGCCACCGGACAGCGACUGGACGGGCCAGAUAGACUUCGGGGACACCGGACGGAUAUUCGACGAAUUCGCCACCACAGCACUUGGUGGGAUUCCAUGGCAGGUUUAUUUCCAGCGGACGCUGGCGUGCGGAAGCAUGUUUGACGCGAAGCUGAUGUCCUACACAGCCGCGUUCGGCUGCAUCUUCCUGGCGAUUCCACCUGUGAUCAUAGGCGCGGCAGCGAAGACAUCUAAUUUCACCGCACUGGGCUACGUGGGGUCUUACAGACUUGCAGAAAACGACAUCAGUGCGGUUCUCCCUUUCGCAAUGCGCUUCCUGACGCCAUCAUUUGCAUCGAUACUGGGGCUGGGCGCCAUCACAUCUGCCGUAAUGUCAUCUGCCGACUCGUCUGUGCUCAGCGCCUCGUCGCUCAUCACCAAAAAUUUUUACUACGCAAUUCUCAGGCCAAGAGCGAGCGUAGGAGAGAUAUCAACGGUGGCGCGCGCCAUCGUGUGCCUGGUGGGCGCGGCAACUACUACGAUGGCGCUUAGCGUGCAGUCUGUGUACACCUUGUGGAGUCUUAGCGCAGACGUGGUGUACGUCAUGCUGUUCCCGCAGCUCUUAUGCCUCUUCUAUCUGGACCACAUGACCAACACCUAUGGAUUAAUAUGUGUGCUCUUCUCCAACACAAAUGACAGUGGCAUUUAA